AUGGAUGCCCUCAGACAAGAAGUUGCGCCCCUGCUCGAGCUCAUGAAAGCGAAACAAGAAGCCCGCAGAGCCAAAGAAAAGCAAGAGUUCGCAUAUAAAAAAGCCGCUAAAGCAGCCAAACGACAACAACAACAGCAGCAACAGCGGCAACAACAGCAAUUGCCUGCACAAGUUGCACAACAACAACAACAGCUGCCCACACAAGUGCCAGUGCAGCAACAAAAACAGCCACAGCAGCAACAACAACAGCCAAAACAGCAAAACACACAGCAACAACAACAAGCAGCAGAGGCAGACAAGCCUAGUGGAAACAAUCAGCAUGUGCGGACUCAACAGCAGCAGCCCCAGGAGCAGCAGCGAGGGAGAGAUUUGAAAAGCUCUUGCAGUUCACGGAAUCUGGGGUCACAUGAUGACGAAAUAAAUUUCAGCACUUCCUGUCAUAGUACGCUUCCAACGAAUGAGGUCGAAGGAGCGUCUUCCCCAUCUUCAUUAGCCUUGGAUGUGAGAAAUGUGUGCAAUGAUGAAAAUACAAAAUGUUCAGUACUGAAAUCACAGGUAAAAUCCAGAAAGCCAUGUAUUUUUUGUGGUAAAACAUAUAAAAAAAAUAGCUAUUACUCUGCGACAUCAAUAUGCUCAUCAAAAGACGUUAUUGAAGCUACAAAACAGUAUGCGGAAUUAGUUGGUGAUUCCGAUUUAAUAGAUAGAUUGAGAAACUGUGACAGUUUCUUGUAUCACCACUCUUGUAAGGCUUUGUUAAAAAACAAAUAUAACAAAAAAAUAGAAAAAAAAAUAUCAUCAACCAAGUGGCAUGCAUUACGUCUCAUCCAUAAAGAGGCAUUUGAUUCACUCACAUAUUUUAUUGAACAAAAUAUUUUUAUUGAGAACAAAAUAUUCUAUUUACAAGAUCUGUACUUAAAAUACAAAUCUUCACUUCUUGAAAUCGAUUCUUCCUUCACAAAAAGUGAUUUUAAUUAUUACUUAGCUACCAACUUACAGUACAAAUUGUUAAAAAAAUAUGGUGAUAAUAUUGUUAUAUGUUCUUCAAGUGAUCAAAAUAAGAAAAAAAUAGUUUAUAAGCAGGGAUUAGAUUUGCAUUCCUUUAUCAAUAUUAUACAAUAUUAUACACUUUGGCCAAAAAACAAGUGAUUUUUGGGUUUUUUAGCAUUUGAGUAGGGUUGCCGAGUAC